ACCCUCCCCGUACUUCUAAGCCCUAAAACCCUACACUUGUUCUUUCGUCUUCUUCUUCACCUUCUCGUCCGUAGUUGUAGUCUCGUAGAGGUCUACAAGCAGAGACAGAGAAGGAAUGGGGGUGGAGACGAAGAACAAGGCGGAGAAUAACAAAAAGAAGAAUCUUACGAAGUCUCAAUCCAAUGAAGAGCCUUCAAUCAGUGAAAAACCUCAACAACAAGAACAACUGCAACAACAGCAAGUAGCAUCUGAUUCUGACUCUGAGUAUGAUUCUGAUUACGAGGUUUUUUCGGAGAGUGAUGACUCUGGUGAAUCGUUGAGUGAAUCAGAAGCCGGAGAAGGUGGAUCUUCUGGAGAUGAGGGUGUUAUCAACUCAGAAGACGGCUCGGACAAUGAUCACACUCAAGAAGGUCAAAGCGAUAGCUCUGAACUCCAUCAAGGAGUUGAAGAGAGUGAUUCAUCUGAAGACGAGGUGCCUUCUCGAAAUACAAUUGGAGAUGUUCCCUUGGAGUGGUAUAAGGAUGAGGCACAUAUUGGCUAUGAUCUUGCUGGGAAGAAGAUAAAGAAGAAAGAAAGACAAGAUAAAUUGGAUUCGUUUCUUGCAAGUGCUGAUGACUCUAAAAAUUGGCUCAAGGUCUAUGAUGAUUAUAAUGAUGAGGAAGUAGAGGUGACAAAACAAGAGCUCAAACUUGUUCGUAGAUUGCUCAAAGGAAAGGCACCACAUGCUGACUUUGAUCCUUAUGCGCCUUAUGUUGAUUGGUUUAAAUGGGAUGAUGCCAAGCAUCCACUCUCAAAUGCUCCAGAGCCGAAGAGGCGGUUCAUUCCUUCAAAAUGGGAAAGUAAGAAGGUUGUUAAGCUUGUUCGGGCAAUACGCAUGGGAUUAAUAAAGUUUGACAAGCCAAAAGAAGAACAGCGUUUCUAUCCCUUGUGGAGAGAUGAUUCCAGCUCAACAGAAAAGGCUAAUCAUUUAGCUUACAUUCCUGCACCAAAACCAAAAUUGCCAGGCCACGAAGAAUCGUACAACCCUUCUUUAGAAUACAUCCCAACACAAGAAGAGAUUAAUUCUUAUCAGUUGAUGUAUGAGGAAGAUCGUCCUAAGUUUAUACCUAGAAGGUAUACGUCUUUGAGAAGUAUCCCAGCAUAUGAUAAUGCUGUUAAGGACAUUUUUGAACGUUGUUUGGAUCUAUAUUUGUGCCCUCGAGUUCGGAAAAAACGUAUUAAUAUUGAUCCUGAAUCUUUGAAGCCCAAGUUACCUAGUCGAAGGGAUCUUAAGCCUUACCCUAUCACAUGUUAUCUUGAGUACAAAGGUCACAAGGGUGCUGUUAUGUCAAUUUCUACUGAAGCUUCAGGGCAGUGGAUUGCUUCAGGUUCACUUGAUGGCACUGUGCGUAUCUGGGAGGUUGAAACUGGUAGAUGUCUUAGAGUCUGGGAUGUUGGUGAAGCAGUUCAGUGUGUAGCAUGGAAUCCUGUGCGUGAGCUUCCUAUCUUAGCUGUCUCUGUGGGACAAGAUGUACUUCUUUUGGACACUGGUCUUGGAGAUGGAGAAGAGCAGAAAAUGAUCAAGGACCUUCUCCAUAUUGGGACAGAUAAAACACCGGAUGAUUCAGGCAACAAAGUGUCAAUUGUAAGUUGGCUCCAGGAUGAUAAGCAUGAAGGAAUCAGGUUAAGGCAUUUUAAGACUGUGUCUUCGGUAGAAUGGCAUCGUAAAGGAGACUACCUUUCAACAGUAAUGCCAGCUGGUGAAUCAAAAGCUGUUCUUAUACACCAGCUCUCCAAGAAGCAUACCCAAAGAAUUCCUUUCAAGUUGCACGGACUUCCAGUUUCAGUAGUGUUCCAUCCUACUCGUUCUAUAUUUUUCAUCUCUACAAAGAAAACUGUUCGUGUAUAUGAUCUGCGGGAGCAAAAACUCAUCAAAAAGCUCGAGACUGGAUUGCGUGAAGUCUCUUCCAUUGCUGUUCAUCCUGGGGGUGAUAAUGUAAUUGUGGGGAGCAGAGAGGGAAAAUUGUGUUGGUUUGACAUGGAUCUUUCAUCUCAACCUUACAGAGUUCUAAAGUGUCAUCCAAAAGACAUUACCAAUGUGGCUUUCCAUCGCUCAUAUCCCCUAUUUGCUUCAUGCUCUGAUGAUGGCACUGCAUAUGUUUUCCAUGGCACGGUUUAUUCGGAUCUUAACCAGAAUCCUCUGGUUGUCCCACUUGAAAUUCUCCGAGGACAUGCAAGCUCAAAUGGGAGAGGUGUAAUGGAUUGUAAGUUCCAUCCUAGGCAACCCUGGUUAUUCACCGCAGGUGCUGAUUCUGUGAUCAAACUUUACUGUCAUUAAGAAGGUAAAGUGACAUCUCCUAAAGAUACUGCAAACAAAAUGAGUCCCCGGGGAGGCAUCGCAAAUUUUUGUUGCGAAUAUACUAUUUUUUAGCUGGGGAGAGGCAUUAAUUUAGUUUCGGGCUCCAGUUUUGUGUCAUAUAUGUUUGUUGAACUUGGCUCAAUUAUAAUUUUGACAGAGCAUGUAACUUAUUAUUCAGUUUUUUGUCAUUAUUAUUAUUCUUUUGGGAAGAAUGUCUCAAUCUCUGUUUCUAAA